GACUAAUUUCUGCGAUUUUACUGUAAGUAAAAAAAAUAAACGGUUUUUCUCAAGACCAAUCUCUGUGACUUGCCUAUAAGUAUAUAUAAAAGGUUUUUCUUAAAACCAACCGACUUUAUAUUUAUACAUAUAUUUCUUUUGUUUGUUUAAUAUUUUUUUAAGUUUAGCAUAGUAAAAUGGCAUUGAGAGAUCAUGACUAUGUCAUUCCAGCCAAUCACGAAGAAGUCGGUGUUCCAAAUCUCAACCUCUUCCUACAAGACCACAACUACGCCCAACGUCCUGCUGCCAUUCAGAUUCAAGAAGAACAAGAAGAAGAUCAACAACAGCAACAACAAGAAGAUCAACCUCAGGCAGAAGGAGAAGAUCAACCACAGGCAGAAGAACAAGAAGAUCAGCCACAGGCAGAAGAACAAGAAGAAAAUCAGCCACAAGAAGAAGGAGAAGAAGAAGAACAACAACAAGCAAGAACAUAUAGGACAAUCCCUGGCAUUCGGCUCAACUCAAAAUUUUAUGUUGAUAAUUUUGGGUAUAAAUAUUAUAAAAAAGAGUUACUCAUCAAUAGAAUAACUUUGGUUUGUGAGCGUCAAAAAAAUCCCAAUCGUCCUAUAUGUCAUGGUUCAGCGUCUAUCAGUAGAAACGAGAUGGACAACCAAAUUUUGAUUGUAGUUCCACACAAUCAUGAUCCGAAUGAAAUUGAUUUAAAUGUGCCAUUCCUGAGGAACGCUCUAGGUGAAAGAGCUAUUGAUCGGACAAUCACAACCCCAUCAAUUCGAGGUCUCUAUAAUAGCGAAAUAAUUAGGCAUCCCCAGGCUGCCAUUCGCUAUACAUUCCUCCAGACACAAGCCAGAACAAAAAGGAUGGGACUAUCGAGACGCCCACAAUUACCUCAGGACAUGCACGAUCUUGCAGAAAUGUUGAGAGACCCCCGGAAUGCAAAUUAUGCCUCAACAUUCCAAAUUCCUUCUACUGCCUUUUUCAAUUAACUGUUGGAAUUAUUUUUGCGAAUACUUCGGCAAUUGAAAAGUAUCGUGAACAGUUGGCUACAGUAGAGAUUGUCGGAAUAGAUGGUACGUAUAAGAC